AUGGAGGCAAUGGCAGUCAUUCCUGCAAGGGCCACCCUGAACACAGGCUUCGCUGCUUCUAAAUCGUCCGUCUCUCUUCGUCAACGCAGCGGACAAGUAUGCCGUGUGACAAUGAUCGCUUCGGCGAAAAGCUCGCCGAGAUUCGUCUGUGCUCUUUCAGGCGCUGAGUCCCACGACAACUCUCUCUCCUCUUCUUCCACCUUCGCUUUCCCGCCGUCAUCCGAAUCCUCCAAGCGGCUCACCCCGCCGGGAGCGGUGGCUUCUGAGAACUUCGUCGAGAUCGGCGGAGGCGGUCCGUUCAGUGGACCAAGCGGCAAAGGCGGAGGCGGAGGCGGUGGCAGUGGCGGUGGCGGUGGUAACGGCGGCGGUGGCGGCGACGGUGAGCGGAACCGAUCCGAAUCCCUUGCCGUGCUGGCUGCUUUGGGGAAGAGCGUCGAGUCCAUUCCCAAGGAGCUCGCAGAUGCAGUCUUGGCCGGUCGAGUUCCUGGUGCUAUUAUGGAGCGAUUUACCGCAAUGGAGAAGUCCGCGAUUCUGGGACGCCUGGUGCGCGUGUCUGGGUUCCAAGAACGCCUUCUGGCGGACGACCUUUUCUUCCUUAAAGUCUUCUUCGAGUGCGGCGUCGGAAUGUUCACUAAGACUUUGGCCGAGUAUGAUCGCCGAAAGGAGAAUUUCAUGAAGGAGAUCAACUUCGUGAUCGCCGAUAUCGUAAUGGCGCUCUUCGCGGACUUCAUGCUGGUUUACCUGCCAGCUCCCACCAUUGCGCUGCGCGCUCCUGCCAUUAUCAAGGGCAACAAGAUCGCAUCGUUCUUCGCGCGUUGCCCUGACAAUGCCUUCCAGAUGGCGCUGGGAGGAGCCAAGUACAAUCUUUUGCAACGAGUGGGCUGUGUCGUGAGAAAUGGCGGGAAGCUAAUGGCCGUGGGAACAGUGUCGUCCUUGAUUGGUACUGGUGUCACAAAUGCACUGGUUGCUGCUGGCAAGAAGAAAGAGGCUGCUGCUACUGGCAAGGAGGUGGUGAAGGGCGAGGGGGAGCUUCCUUUGGUGGCAACAAGUGUUGCGUAUGGUGCAUACAUGGCUGUCUCGAGCAACUUGAGCGCAAGUGGCGCGGCGUACAGCGUGCCGUGGGCUCUCGGUCCCUGCUCUCAGCCGUCCAUGCUGCCUGCUGGCUGGACGGCAUACUUCUUCCCGCUCUCACUGCUUCCCUCCAUCUAUGGCUUCCUGGUGAUCCAGCUGGUGGCGACGGCUGCAGUGCAAGCAGCAUGUGAGCUGCUGGGAUUCAACCUCGGAUACUCCAAAUUCGCCUCCACUGCGAAGUGGAAGUCAAUUCAGAUACCCUCUCGUGUGGGCCUUCUCCUCUUCUACCUCCCAGCAGCACUCAUCGCUGCUCUCUUCCUUUCAGCCGCCCUGGGACUCUCGCCCGCCCUCCACCUCCUCCGCGCCACACACAUGCUCCCUCACUCUCCCUCUCCGCUCCCACCAACCGUUGCCUCUUGGAUGCCUGCUCCUGCUGGGACUGGGAAGCCCGGGUGGGAGGGACAGAUGGGUGUGAGGGAGCAGCUAGUAGCAGCGAUUGCAAGUGAACAGUGGCGCCUGGUGCUGGUCUGUGCGGCCUGCCUGGUGCACUAUUCCAAGCGAUGCCUGGAAACUCUCUUCCUGCAUCGUUUCUCUGGCACCACUUGCCUGGUUACAACAGUGUUCAUCAUGCUUGGAUACUGCACCCUUGCCUACGUCCUCCUUUCGUCCCAAUGGCUCACCGCUGCUGCUGCUACUCUCCCCUCCCGUGCCACCACUGCUGCUGCAACUGCUGCUGCUGCCGCCACCGUCACCGCUGCUGCUUCUACCGCUGCUGCUGGUGCCAGUGCGGCUGCUCCCUGCAGUGUUUCGCCUACUGUGAAUCUCAUGCCCCUUGGCCUGCCACUCUUCCUCAUUGGCAUUGCUGGGAACUUUUACCAUCACUGGUUGCUCACUCGGCUGCGCUCUGAUGGCAGUCACGAAUACCGCGUCCCUCAUGGUGGCUUAUUUGAAUGGGUGACCUGCCCGCACUACCUCUUUGAGUGCAUCGACUUCCUGGGGGUUGCCUUGAUGUCUCAGACUGUGUUAGCUGAUGACGUCAGUAAGGGAGCGAGCGAUAGGAGUGGCUCGCUCCAGACAGAAAGCUCGGCGCGCGUCCGGUGGAAGCUUCUAGCGCGCGCACUGCUUAGGGAAUCCGCGGGGAAAGGGGGAAUGGGGGAAGACGCGGGGGCGGAGAGGCGACAGGGGGCAGGCGGGGAUGCUAGCGCGGGCGGAAGGGGAGAGGCUUCCGGGAACUGCGCGGGUGAUGAGCGGGUUUCGCGCCGACCAAUCAGAGGGUUCCACCUGUUCGAUUGCCGACCCGCGCAGGCGUCAUGCGCGGGGCCAGGCGCAGCCGCGCCACGCACGGAUGGCGGGGGAGCAGCCGCGGCUGAAGCGGAUGGCGGGGGAGCAGUCCCGGGGGAGUUGCCUGGGAGAGGGGAGCGAGCCACAGGGGCGGAAAUCGUGGGAGGAAAGAAUCUGGGGUCGGAGAGCGGAGUAGGCAUGGGAGGGUCGCUGCAGUGGGAUCGUCCCUUCAUCUACUGCAUCCCCGUUCAACCCACCCCCUGCCACCGCUGCUGCCCCUCCUCGCCACUUUCCUGUCUCUCCUCCCUCUCCUCCUCCUCCGCCGUCGCCACCAACACCACCAUCACCACCACCUCCCCUUCCUCCACAUCCCAACACCACCCUCCUCCUUCGUCCAGCCUGACUGAUCGACUCUCCAGCCUCGUGAGGGAGAUCACCAUAUGGUCCGUGCCAACUGCUGCUGUGCCUUUUCAAUCUGUGAAAUCGCUGGGUUGGAAAUCAGACACUAUCAUUUAUAGGCAUCGAGUGGCAGGGCGAGUGCGUCUCACUGAGAUGGCGGCUGCGACCAGAGCAGGCAUCGACACCACAGGGCUGCUGGGCAUGUGGCCAUCGGAAGAAGCGAUGGCGUGCUACCUCAUUGCACAUGCACAAAGAUUCAGGGGUCGGAGGGUGGUGGAGCUAGGGGCGGGUUAUGGGCUGGCGGGCAUGGCGCUGGCAGUGCAGCAGCAGGGCGUGGGGGGAGUGCUGCUCACUGAUGGCAACGACACCGUGGUUGCACGUCUAAGCCGCACAGUGGAGGCCAACAGGCAUCAGUUCGGGGGCACCAGAGUGGCAGUGGCAGCACUACGCUGGGACAGCCACCCCCCGCCGCACCACUGGCCACCUGCCCUCUCUCCCCCUUUCGACGCGGUCAUCGCUGCUGACUGCACGUUUUUCAAGGAGCAUCACGAGCACCUGUUGCACACGAUCACUGCUCUCCUCUCCCCCGCCUCCCCCCAGCCCUCCUCCGCCCCUCAUUGCCCUGCUGCAUGUGCCGCCGCUCUCCCCACCUCGCAGCAAGCAGCAGGUCUAUCAGCAGAGGGAGCAGCAGAACCCGACGCCCGUGUGCGGCAGCAGGGCGGGUGGCGCGUGCAUGUGGAGGAGCAAUACCAUGAGGGGGUCAGCCAGGCGUUUGGGGAGGCAUGCGGGGAAGGGGAGGAGGGGGAGGAGGAGGGGGGAGAGGGGGAGAGUGGAGAGGGACAGGGGUUGGAAGAGGAGAAAGAGGCGGAAGAGGACGAGAGGAAAGCCGGCGGGGGUUUGAGGGGGGAGGUUGGGACUGGAGAGGGAGGAGCAGACAGGAACGGUGUGGAGGGAGCGGGGAGUGAGAGGAGGGGAGGGAGUGAGGGAGGGAGGAGGAGGGGGAAGGAGCCAUGGGAGGGGUACACACGCAUGCAUGACUAUCCUGAGCGGCCUGCAUCGGGUGACGCACGGCUGAAGUGGGAGAGAAAAAAUCAGAAGGCAUUCGCUCAAUUCUGCAAUGCCUUGGUGCCAGAUGAGCUAAUUCGCUUGGUACGGGAGUUCGGCGGCAAGACCGAGUUGGGCAGCGCACCUGUUGAUGGCGGAGCAAGAGCGGUCACCCGAAUUCCUGCAGGCACAGCAGCGGCAUACAUACGAGUGAAGGAGUUCUACCUUCAGCGUGGAUUGUGUAACCGGAUGGCACUCUCUGAUGAGCUCUCUUCAUUGAAGAUGAAAGAGGGGGAGGGGGUGGCUGCAUACUGGGCGCGUGCCGAGGACUUGAGGUCCAAGUACUUGGCUGCAGGAGGAAAGGAGGAGGUUGAGGAGUGGAUGAUGAGGGUACUCAAAGGACUACCUCCUCACUUUGAGAUGCUGAAGGUGGUGUUGAACAACCAGUCAUCAUCGCUCACUAAGGAUCAGCUGCUUACCUCCUUGAGGAGCGAGGAGAUGCGGAUUGGUGUCGCACCAAGAUCGGAUGGUGUAGCCACAUUUGGAGCGGGUACGAAAGUGGGCAGCAGCGGCAGGGGAAAUUGGGUCAAGGGAGGAAAGCAUGGAGACAGCGGUAGCAGCAGUGACACCAACUCAGGCAGAUGGGGUCAAGGGAAAGGCAAAGCGGGAGUGCUUGAUUUCCCUUGGGGGUCCAAGGGCAUGGCUCCUCGGGGGUUGUGUCAUGGCUGUUGGGAUGAGGGACAUGCAUGGCAGCGAUGUCCUCAUCGACCUAAGGGAGGCAUUCCGGCAUUCUUAAAGCGGGGGGGUCGUAGGUCCAACGGCAAGGCACAGGUGGCGGAUGAGGAGGAGCAGGAUGACAAGGCAGAGGCAGUGGUUGGAGAAGCAGUUGCAGCAGUGGGAGAGGAGCAGCCGCGAGAGGGGUGGUGGAUUGACAGUGGGGCCAGCCACAACUUUACUCCUUAUGCAUCGGACUUCAAAAGUAAGCUUCAACCACCAGAGGUUCGGGGAGUUAGAUUGGGAGAUGGACGGGUGGUGAAAGCUGUUGGCAUGGGUGAGGUGCCAGUGGUUGGUGCUGGAGGUCAGCUGCUGAGGAUUCAAAAGGUCCACCUUGUGCCUGAGAUGCACACGCGUCUGCUGUCAGUCCCACACCUCACCUCUCGAGAUGUCAUUGUCACAUUCAAAGGCAAGAGAUGUGUCCUUCAACGGGGGGAGCGGGUGUUGGCGAUUGGAGAAAAGGAGAGGGGAAGGGACCAUGGAUUGGUGCGGAUGUUUCUUCCUCUUGCUCAGGGCACACAGGGCAGUGCUCUUGCAGCUAAGUCGUCCUCCUCAUUUUCCCCAUUGACCCUUGCCCAUCGCCGCCUUGGUCAUACCGCCCCCACAACAUUGCAACAGAUGGCUCGGGGGAACAGUGUACUGGGCUUGGAGAUUGGGGGGGGGAACACUGAUUGUUCCCCAUGUGAGCCCUGCUUAUUGGGAAAGUCGGCUCGGAAGCCGUUUCCCCAUGAGGCGUCUCGGGCACUUGGGCCUUUGGAUGAGGUCCACAUGGAUUUGUGGGGGCCGGUGCGCACACCAUCACUGGGAGGAGCGGUGUAUGUCCUCAGUCUCAUUGACGACUUCACCAGACGAGUUUGGUCGUUCCCCCUCCCCAACAAGGAAUCGGCCAUAGUUGCAAAAGUCCUUCGCCAGUGGCAUAAGGACGUGGAGUUGGAGUGUGGGCGGAAGCUGAAGGCUGUUCGCUCGGACAGGGGUGGCGAGUUCUUGGGGGAAGCUGUAAAAGCAUGGAAGGCGGAGUUUGGCAUUAAAACUCAAUUGAGCGUCGCAGAUACACCGCAACAGAAUGGGGUUGUGGAGAGGUGGCACAGGACGAUGGCAGAGGGGAUUCGCACAUUGUUGGUCGACAGUGGUCUCCCUGCUCGCUUGUGGGGUGAAGCAUUGAUGUGGGUCGUGUGGGUUAAGAACAGGGUCACCCACAGUGCUUUGCCUGCCUCCAUCACACCAAUGGAGGCGUGGUCCGGCCAGAAGCCGCAUGUGGGCAUGGCUCGGAUUUGGGGUUGCAUGGGGAGUGUCAUGUUGCAUGGGCAUGAGAAGGGUGGCAAGCUUGAUGCACGGGCUGUCAUGUGUGUCUGUGUUGGGGUGGACAUGGAGAGCAAGGGUUGGCGCAUGCUGGACCCUUCUAUCAUGCGCAUUCGCAUUGCUCGGGAUGUUGAUUUCCUUGAGAAUGUGAUGUGGAAGGAUUGGGACAAGGCAAAGGAAUUUGGGGAGCUUCUGCAGGAUGCAGCUGCAAUUUCCCAACUCCUCCCUCUUCCACUCUCGCCACCUUCAGCAACGGCUGACGACGUUGAGAUGCCACUUUCACCACUGCCACCGGCACCGCUGAGUGUGUCGGUGCAGCAGCAGCCCACCCCUCUGCAGCAGCUCAGUGGCCCCUCGGUCAUUCAGCGGAGAUCCGCUACACAGGCUACUUCCUCUUCCUCCUCCUCUGGUCAGCGCUCUAUCCCUCUCUCUACGGGUGCCCCUCUGUCACCAGCGACUACCUCCCCACCACCGGUUACGGGUUUGCAGGUGCUUGGUAUCCAGUCUGGUACAGGUGGUGAGGAGGUAGGGGGGGAUGCUGGUGUGGUUGAGGGCAUGCUAUGUUUGGCCAGGGAGGUGGAAGGUGUUGCACUGGCAGGCAGGCGCUGA